UACAAAUAAAUAUGGACUAGUGCGAGUUAAACAGUUUCCUGUGCAUUUUGCCUGUUUGUGCAUCCAUUAUUUUAUAAAUAAUAGCAUACAGUUUCUGGAUAUUAAAAACUACAGUGUCAUUUGAGAGAAUGUGAUGGUUUCCAUAGAAAGCCUCUUAUUAUGGAUCUAACUGCACUCAAACAUAUUAUUCAGUAGAGUUUGACACUGGUUGUGAUAACACCUUCCUGAGUGACUCAGAUUACUGUUACUAAGCAAGGGACUGGAGACUACAAUCAAUACAAAAUUAUCUUAUCUACAUGGUAAGAGAAAAUGCCUGCUGUUCUCCCACAAUUACCUGAAUCUAUGUUUACCACCUAUGAUCCAAAAUACACCCCAGGUUAUACAAGUUACGUGCCAAAACUAAGAAGUGAUAUUGGAAAGAUUUAUGGCAACGCUACUUUAAGGUAUCUUGACUAUGAACCGGGCUUAAAAAAAGGACAUAGGUUAUCUUUUACAACGUGGGAUGAUAGACAUUCAUCCCUCUCUGCCCAAUCGAAAAGAAGAGAUUUUGGUGAUCUUCAGAAGAAACCAUUCCAGAGAUACGUGGAAAAUGUGAAUCUUAAAAAUGGAUUUCUGCAUGAUUUUACACAAAUGAAACAUACCUAUGAUGGAAACCCACGCAUGUCGUCUGCAAUUCACACAGUGGAGGAAACAAAACAUGAAUUAAAUAAGCCCCUACAAUGGACACCAUCUGAUACAAACAGAUAUGGAUCUGAAAGACAUGGGCUGGAGCAAUGGGAUUCAAGGAGCAAUGGGAUAUGUGAACAGAGAGCUUCCUCCUCAUGUCCUCUUCCUUAUGAAGAUAUAAAAAUGAGGACGUGUCUGGAGAAAAAAGUUAAAGAAAAAGAACCUUCAUUGAAUGCAUCUAAGACAAGUGUCUAUCUUCAGAAAAGACUAGGGAAAAUUAUUUACAGAGCCGACAGUGGCCUGCUCCCUAACUACAGUGGAUAUACACCUGGGCAGAUGUUUGCGAUUGGAAACACCUGGGGAAGAAGUACUAUGAACGCUGUAGGGAAAAUACAUGCGCAGCCUUUCCUAUUCACAUCUCUUAUCUGAGCCAAUUUAAUUACAUGAAAUUCUUAAAAACAAGAUAAUUAUUUAUAUAUUUGUUCUAGAGAAACACUUUGAUUAUAAAAUUAUGUUUGCUGAAAAAAAAAAAACAUCAGAAGACUAAUUACCAAAGUAUUAAAGAAUUAAACGUAAAUUAUAAAUUUAAGAUCAAAAUAGCUGAGCAGGUUACGCUUUGUGUUUGCUACUCUGGCCUUAAAUUUAAAAUUCACUUUAAUUUCUCACUUUAGUAAAUAACCCUGUGUGAAUGUAAUUGUAAUGUUUUUCUUUGACUUUUCAUUCUAAAAAUGUAAUCUGUAUCCUAAAUACCAUAAUCAUUUUAUCAUCUUGUAAUAUGUUCAAUACAUCAGAUAAUGCAAUGCAUUACAUCCCUCCCAAAAUAUCAAAUGACCAAACAGGGACACUUUCUGUUUCGAAGAUGUAGCUGCAGGUGUAAACCAGAGACAGGGCUAUUUCAAGAUAUUUUAGUUGUAUUUAUGACUCACUGUAAAUGAAAAUAUAUUUUAGAACAAUAAGACAUU